AUGAUUGAGUGUGCCCUCACUGUGAUCAAGGAACCACUUGUUGAGGAGACCGUUAAAAUCCGGGUGCCACCCUCAGACUUGGCAGAUAAUUUUGGAAAAUGGAGAGACACGGGGGAGGAAGCAGACGUGACAUUCAAUGUUAGAGGGGAGACUUUCCAUGCGCACAAGCUCGUGCUUGCGAUGCGGUCACCGGUCUUCAAGGCACAGCUCUAUGGACCGAUGGGAGACAGGACGGCGCGGAACAUAACCGUGGAAGAUAUGCAGCCUGAUGUUUUCAAGGAAUUGCUUCACUUCAUCUACUCGGAUUCAUUGCCUUCACCGGAGAACCCCGAUGAGGAGAAUGGCAACAUGGUUAAGCAUUUACUGGUGGCUGCAGAUCGCUAUGCCAUGGAAAGGAUGAAGGUGAUGUGCGAAGCUAGUCUCUGCAAAAGUCUUACUGUCGAGACUGUCGCGGCCACGUUAGCUCUGGCUGAUCAGUAUCAUUGCAGCGGGCUCAAAGAUGCUUGCAUUGAAUUUGCCAUCUCUUGUAAUAGAAUGGGUGGUGUGGUUGCAAGCCAAGGGUAUGGGCACUUGAAAAGAUCAUGCCCUGCUGUCUUAGGAGAUAUCCUGGAGAGAGUAACGAAGUCUCCCAGAGUUUAG